AUGGCGUGGCUGGGCGGCUGCGGCUGGGCCUUGGUGGCGUGGCUGGCGGUGCGGGGGGCGGCGGGGCAGGCGCGGGAGGCGCCGCGGGGCGAGUGCGAGGCGGGGGGCGGCUGCGGGGGGCCGGGCGCGGCGGCGGCGGGCGCGGGGCGGUGGGCGGGGGCGGCGCCGCCGAUCCUGCUGUGGUGGAGCGGGGCGCUGUUCCCGCACUGGCCGGGGCCCUCGGCGCGGGUGUCGUGCGGGGCGGCGCGGUGCGUGUCGACGCGGGCGCGGGCGGCGCGGGGGCUGCGGCGGACGCGGGCGCUGCUCUUCUACGGGACGGACUUCCGGGCCUCCGAGGCGCCGCUGCCGCGCCUGGCGCACCAGAGCUGGGCGCUCUUCCACGAGGAGUCGCCGCUCAACAACUUCCUGCUGGCGCACCGGGCCGGCCUGGCGCUCUUCAACCUCAGCGCCACCUUCCGCCGCCACGCCGACUUCCCGCUCAGCCUGCAGUGGCUGCCCGGCCUCGCCUACCUGCGCGCCCCGCCGCCCCCCCGCCCCCGCCCGCCCGGCCGCGCCGCGCUGCUCUACCUGCAGUCCCACUGCGACGUGCCCUCCGACCGCGACAGAUACGUCCGCGAGCUCAUGAAGCACAUCCAGGUGGACUCGUAUGGUGCAUGCCUGAACAACCGAGAGUUUCCGAGUAUGAGGUUGAAGGACACAUCUACAGCAACCACAGAAGAUUCUGAAUUCAUGACUUUUAUCUCCAAUUACAAGUUUCAUUUGGCCAUGGAGAAUGCCAUAUGUCAUGACUACAUGACAGAGAAACUUUGGCGGCCCAUGCAUGUCGGAGCUGUCCCUGUGUAUCGAGGCUCACCGUCAGUACGAGACUGGAUGCCCAAUAACCAUUCCAUCAUUCUUAUUGAUGAUUUUGAGAGCCCCAAAGCACUCGCAGAAUAUCUCAACUUCCUGGACAGGAACCCAGACGAGUACAUGAAAUAUCUUGAAUAUAAGAAACCUGGUGGGAUUACGAACCAGUUCUUGCUGGAGCACCUGGAGAGGCGUGAGUGGGGAGUGAAUGACAUGACUCUGCCGAAUUACCUGAAUGCAUUUGAGUGUUUUGUCUGUGAGAGAGAGAAUGAGAGACUCGCUGCAGAGAGGGAACAUAAGAGGACUGGUGGGAAAGUGCCGGCUCCUGAACCUCGCAUCGUUCAGCUGACGCACAUGGGCUGCCCUCCGCCUGCGCCUGGAUAUGGGAACAUUGAGGACAUUCCCGAAGGAGACAGCUGGAAAGAGAUGUGGCUGCAGGAUUACUGGCAGAGCCUGGACCAAGCUGAGGCCCUCACAGCCAUGAUCCAUCACAACGAGAGCGACCCGGGGAGGUUCUGGGACUACAUGCACAAAGUCUUCUUGAAGAGAACCCGACCCACUUGACGGUGCCUCCUGCGCAGCCUUUCUCAGUAUUGCCCGGCUGCACAGCUCGGAAUUCCUCCUUGUGGGGACAGCCUGCCCCCUUCCUGCCGGGACUCCUGGCUUCAAGCCUUCGGGGAGAUGCCGCUUUGGCAGGCAACCACAAGCCUCCUCCCGUGGCCAAAGAGGAGAAGUGUUGUGUCAGCUGGUUCUGGAAUCGCCCAAACGGUCUUCAUGUUCAUGCCAAAUCGCUUGGAACUGAAUUCAUUGGAAUAGCCAGACAGGUCCUGUGGCAUCAUAUUUCAGGCAGUUCAGUAUUAAUUUCUCAAGUUUUAAAGUAUAUUUUUUAAAUUACGUUUUGCAUCCCAUUCCUGUUACAGUGCUUUUAUUUUGCAAUGCUACCUCAGUUUAGUCAGAGAGGAUUCUUACGUUUCCCAUUGGUUUAAACUUAUUGAAUAACGGCUACAGUACCUCAGUCUUUCCUGGAACUCCCUUGCUUCAGUUCCAGACAGGAAGCCAUGAGAACCAUUUUUUAAAAGUGUGAUUCUAACAGCGCAAUCUGUGGAGGAGGAUAUGUGUGCUGAACUCAAUCUGCUGGUCUCCCUCCACCUGGAGAGCAUCUUGAUUACUGCUCAUAUUUGGCUCUUCCUGGUUUCUGUUGUGGCGCCUUCUUACCCAACCAUCAAGGGAAGUAUUCUAAGAGACCAGACAUCAUGUGACCUUGACUGAGUCUAGCAAUCUUUGGAUUCUUCCUUUGAUCCCAAAUACAGAUCAUCUGGAGACAUUCCCUCUUCUGUGGUUUGUUAAAAGAUAACGGCAGACCUAUCCCUUCCUUUUAUGCAUCUGUGAUAGAUUUUUGUAGCCAUUCAAAAAAGUCUAGCUUUUUCUGUAUUUUAGUCAUCUGCCUAGAACUAGUAAGUUAAGAAGAAACAGUAUAGGGUAGAGAGCAUCUAGUGGGGUGAUACUGAUGGCUACAGGAAGUGAAUCGGAACACUUGAACAAAGAAACUUUGGAAGAACUGAAUUACAAGAAUUUGCACUAGUGAUGGUGUUCAGUUGAUUAGGUAUCUUUUUUCCAUUCCCCAAUGUGCAGUUCUAUUUGCAAAAUUCUCUGCUUUGCCUUUCUUCGUUUUAUAAGUCUGUUUUUAUGCCCUUUGUAUGUUAAGAGCUCUUGUAACUAUUUUUAAUCAUGGCAGUUUGUAAUAAUAACAUUGAAAAAUAACUCA